CCUGCACUUCGCUGUCCGUCUCAUCUGCUUUAAGACGCGGACCGGAGCGCGCAACGAAAGCGAUCUUCACGCGUAAAAAGCACCGUUCAGCUGCGUUCGUGAUUGCGCAUUACGCGUGAAUCGUCGGGACGAACCAUUCUCCGUCGUCUGCGAGGGCGCCUGUCACGGGGCACCGUGGAUGUCUUGUCUGUCUGUCCGUCGGUGUGUCCGUCCCACUGAUCUUUUGCAGAUUGUAAUCUUCUCAGUGUCAACUCGUAGCUGCCCUUUCCUCCCGGGCAGAUCCCGUGUGUCUUCGGAUGGCGUUGCUUCCAAAAUUUUAAUUUUUCAUGAAAACUUUUAUCAGCGAACGGACAAGUUGCACACACAGUUACACGCGCCUUUAAGCUUGUUAAAAUGAACAUUUGACUGUCUUAAACCUUCAACCAAGAGAAGACAUGGGACCUACAUGUAAAGAAAGACGUCUUUUAUACCUGCUUUUCUUUUUAAUUUGCGCAGCCGGCAUUUGCUUGUGUGCAAGAAGAUCAAAUGUCCGGAGAUCUGAUCGUCUGAGUCCUCCCUUAGACAUCCAGCUGGAGACAAUCAACUGCACCGCCUUCAGUGUGCGGUGGAAGAUGCCCCGGAGACAUGUUAGCACCAUCACUGGAUACAAGGUCUUCUACACAGAGAUGAGGAACGGCCGACCAGUGGGCGCGGCGUCCUUGAUGGAGGUCCCCCUCAGUUUGGACAUGCUGACCACUGGGCAAUUUGAUGGACAAGCAGGGUUUGAUGUGGACGUUGGUAACCUAAAGGUGAACACUAAGUACAGAGUCAGUGUCGGAGCAUACGGCUGGGCAGGGGAAGGCAGGCCGAGCAUGCCCAGAGACAUCAGCACCGCUUCACAUGACAUGUGCAUGCCCCCUUCGCCCCCCACUCAGCCCAUUGUCACGGCUGUGUCCGACACGGAGCUGGCGUUGUCGUGGCAGCAGGGCGAGAGCGAGGGAAGCGCGCCCGUCCUUCACUUCCUGGUGGCUUACAUCAGGCCAGAAAUGGACACAGAGUGGACUUACAUCCGUGAGGCCAUUGAGACCAACUCCAUGGUUUUGAAAGGUUUAUUACCAGAAACCGAGUACCAGUUUGUCGUCAGGGCAGUCAACAUGCAUGGAGUUAGCCCACCCAGCCACAUCAACAGCCCAGUACGCACUCUCGCUCCCUAUGUUGCUGUCCUGCAUCGAGGAGACACUUUUCAGUAUGUGGUGCAGCAGCGUGGCUACAGUCUAUCAGGUGCUUCAGAUGUCGGCAGUGGUGACUAUGGGCGUUACACCACAGACUCCAGGACCAAAGAUGAAGACGGAUUCGAUAUCGAUGACUCUGAUUACGAUGUCUUUAUUGAAGAGCUGAAGCCAUUCCCAGGUAUCAGUCAGGACAACAGGAAGUCCCAACUUCGUUCACGCUCUGAUCCAUCGGAUCGAAACGUCGUUUACCGUAUGAACACCAUUGCUCCACCCAGCGCUACUGACCCACCGGUGCCUACCACCACCGCCACCGCCGCCACCACCACCACCUCAUCCGUCUUACCAGAUUUCUCAGAUCUGGUUUUCUCAGUCACAUCAGAGCCCAGUGGCAUUCUCGACACCGCAACUACCGCUCCACCCACCACCGCCAGCCUUCCUCUGUCCACCGCCACUCCUGCCACUACAACCAUUUCCCCCUGGAGAGGAGAAGUGCCUCGUGUCUACGACCUGACCUGCGACGACACCGUGUGUCCCCCUGACAGUUUCUGUCUCAGUGAUUAUGACAGUGGAGGCUCGCGCUGCCACUGUAACCUUGGACGCAGAGGGGACACUUGCUCUGAAGUGGUGUCCGUGAGCUUUCCCAGGUUCCAUGGCUACUCUCAUAUGACGUUUGAACCCUUGAAAAACUCUUACCAGACCUUUCAAAUAACUUUGGAGUUCAAGGCAGACUCCGAGGACGGCUUGCUGCUAUACUGUGGAGAGAACGAACACGGUCGCGGAGACUUUAUGUCUCUGGCUUUGGUUCGAGGCAAGCUUCACUACAGGUUUAACUGUGGUACAGGAGCAGCUCAGAUAGUCAGUGAGAGUCGGAUUGUUGUUGGCCAGUGGCACACAGUGACCGUCUUCAGAGACGGCAUGAGUGGCUGGCUCCGUAUGGACAACGACACCCCCAUAUCUGGACGCUCACAGGGUCAGUACUCUAAGAUCACUUUCCGCUCCCCUCUGUAUGUGGGUGGAUCCCCAAACGCCUACUGGCUGGUCAGGGCGACGGGAGCGAACCGCGGCUUUGUUGGCUGCAUUCAGAGUCUGACCAUCAACAGCAAGGCGACAGACAUCAGACCCUGGCCUCUGGGCAAAGCUCUGAGUGGAGCUGAUAUAGGCGAGUGCAGCGACACAGUGUGCGACCAGGUCACCUGUGCCAACGGUGGAGUGUGCUUCGCAAACCGCGCUGACGGCUUCAUCUGCCUCUGCCCACUUGGCUUCAGAGGAGCACUUUGCGAAGAGAGUUUCUCCUUGUCUUCGCCACUCUUCAAUGAAACCGUCUUUUCAUAUGCCGUCAUCCCGUGGCCUCAGUCCUUUCAGAGUUAUCUGUCCUUUACCGAGUUCGAGGUGACAUUUUGGCCGUCGAUGCCUGACGGGGUGCUGCUGUACAGCGAUGACGCCGGAAGUGGAGAUUUCCUGGCUAUAAACCUGGUGGACAGAUAUGUGGAGUUCAGAUUUGACUGCGGCUCUGGAGGAGCUGUGAUAAGGAGUGAGGAGCAGAUUAGUCUGGACGUGUGGCACGAGCUACGAGUGUCUCGCACAGCAAAGAGUGGCAUCCUACAGGUGGACAGCCAGAGGCCAAUGGAAGGAAUUGCAGAGGGAGCUUUCACACAGAUCAACUGCAGCUCGCCUCUCUAUAUUGGCGGCGUGCCAGAAUAUGACAAAACCAAGAGGACGGCAGGUGUUAUAAAGCCCUUCACUGGAAUUAUUCAGAAGCUGAUACUCAAUGACCGCACCAUCCCAAUAACAACUGGAUCUGCUGGUGGAGUUAAUGUAGCAAAUUCUGCUCACCCAUGUGUGGAAAGUCCCUGUGCCAACGGAGGAACCUGCAGGCCCAAGUGGGACGGGUACGAGUGUGACUGCCCUCUAGGGUAUGACGGGAGGCACUGCCAGAAAGAGUGUGGAAAUUACUGUUUGAAUACUGUCACUGAAGCCAUAGAGAUUCCACAGUUUAUUGGCCGAAGUUACCUGACCUACGAUAACAGAGAUAUCCUUAAAAGAGUGUCUGGGUCCAGGACCAACCUAUUCAUGCGUUUCAAGAGCACUGCCAAAGACGGCUUGUUGCUGUGGCGUGGAGACAGUCCGAUGAGACCCAACAGUGACUUCCUGUCUAUGGGGCUUCAGGAUGGGGCUCUAAUUUUCAGUUACAACCUGGGCAGUGGAGCAGCGAACGUUGUUGUCAACGGAACAUUUAGUGACGGAAAGUGGCACAGAGUCAAGGCUGUGAGGGACGGCCAGUCAGGGAAGCUGACAGUGGAUGACUAUGGAGCAAAGACAGGAAGGUCACCUGGCAUGAUGAGACAACUCAAUAUCAAUGGACCCUUAUAUGUUGGGGGCAUGAAAGAGAUUGCUCUUCACACAAACAGACAGUACAUCGGAGGCUUGGUGGGCUGCGUGUCCCACUUCACACUCUCCACUGACUACCACUUAGCACUGGUGGAGGACGCCACCGACGGCAAGAAUAUCAACACCUGCUCCAACUAGAGAAUGUCUCCAACACCCGAAAGGUCCAUUUUUUUCUGCACUAUUUAAUUCUGGACCGUCUGAUUUGUCAUCUUGAAACUGACCUGCCAGAACCGAAUCAGUAAAAAACAUGUUAAAUGUAUCGACUCAGACUUAACAUGGUUUGAACUCAAACUGGAAAAAGAGCAACAGUGUUGUCAGUUUGAGUUGUAAGAGUGAUUUUAAGUUGUUCCGGUACGCAGAGGGUUCAAACCAACUCGUAAGGUUUAUUUUGAUGGAACAGAUUUGACCCACGGCUACAGCAGAAAUGACCACAUGUGCUCAGAAGAUGCUCUGAGAGAAAAAAAGCUUAGCAUUAUGGGCAAUAAGGGUCUUUGAAAAACCUUUUGAAGGACUUUCUUUUUUUUUCUCCAUGGGAUGAAUCCAAUUGUAUCUUUGUUUUUUCUGUUCCAAAUCCUUCUUUGAUUGCUGGAAGAACCAAGUGAUCCAGGGGAUCAAGAUUCAUCACGGACAUGACCUAGAGCAGCUAGCAGAGAUAAACUUGUUUUUAGAGGAUUUUGGUUUUGGCCCUAGAGGAUUUCUGUCAUUUUUGUUGUUGUGGCAUUUGUAUUGUUGUUUGUGAUGUGCUAUCAGUCUGUAGACUAAAUUUUCUAAAGUCUGAUUGAUGUCAGUUUUUUAAAGGUUUCUAGGUCUGGGGGGAGGUAACGAUGUCAACUGCACAAAACAGCUUUCAUUUUCUUUUUCUUUCUUUUCUUUUUUUAAUCUUUUCCAUCUUCCUUUAGUUUACUUGCUCCUUAAUUCAGAUCUCAGAUACAAGUCACAUGAAGGAAAUGUUGACACGGCGAAGCAGCUGGAAUCCUUGAGGAACUAUGCAUGACAGCCUGUUACUGUCAUCUGACCCAAACCACAGUGGACUUCAGCCUUUAAGUUCAGUUGCUUUGAAUCUCCUGUUUUCACUCCAGCAACUGACAGAUCUUUAAUCUCACGCUGAACAUUAGCACGCCUCAGUACAAAAUAUUACUUUUUCAUGCUCUGAGAAAAACAUUAUUUCUGGCUUGCUACAAAUUUUUCAUCUGCAUUUUCUGAAGUGUUUCAAUUGUGUUGGUAAACCCUCUGAAUUGACAACAAUUAAGACGUAUUCUUUGGCUUCAACUGAAAUUUGCUUGAAUUCAUAAAUCCAGUAACAAGAUAUUUGUCAUCAACUCUGGAAAGCAUUUCCAAACCCGUGUUUCCAGUGAAACACAAUGUGUUGUGGAAUGUGAACAUAAAUCUGUGUCUGCUGACUUCCAUCACAGGAUAAUUACAUGGUUUGCCAUAUAUUGUAUAAAAAGUGGAUGAAUUUGAGGUAACCUUAGAUUGUAGGAAAAUGGUGAUGUGUCUGUGAUUACGUCGUAUGUGUCUGGAGGUCCACCGAGAGCUUUAACUUUACGUUCCCUACCUACCAUCCUCAUUAGUUAGUUGACGGCCGAUCGUCUAGAUUUGUGCGUAGAUCUGACCCGUGCGUAGCUAAAACUGAGAAUGGAGUACGCACACGAAACAUGCGUCUACUCAAGCCUUAAUUUUACCCUAAAUUCUAAAAUUAUUAGAUGAAAUAUUGAUUGUGAACAUUUAGGAAAAUAUACUUGACAGCCUUGCAGUCUUACAAAAAUAUGGUGUUUGCAUUUGUAAUUGGUACAAUGUGGCAGCUGCCUGUUAAAAACUACUCUCUGCAAAUAAACGCUAACCAAAUACUGGUUAAAUAACU